AUGUUGGAGACCCACGAAAUUGACAUACCAUACUUCAGCUUCAAGGGCCUCGCCCUUGGACUCCCGCUCUUUAUGGCUCUACUCAUUUUGAUGUGCUUCUACGUUUCACAGUGCGCCUGCUAUCGAGCCAGAAAAGAGGUGGAUCUCGACUAUCACGAGCCCAUCAUUAUCUCCUCCGACGGAAGCGGACGCGAGGACGUCGACUCCAAGCAGCUUAUGAUAACGCCUUCUGAUGAGUCUGGAGAC